UCGGCUUCAAUAAAAUUUGAAAUAAUAUUAAAAGUAUUCGUAGAACCUCGAACCUUAGGCCAGAAUGUCUUUGGGUCGAGCUCUCGGCAGCUUUGUACUUACGGGUGUUCCCCAAAACAGGAACUUACAUCAGAGGAGGACGCGACGACCAUUUCCGGUGGUGCCAGAUGCCAGGCUGAAUACUCCGGCGCAGUCGUCCCGCCCACCUCGUAUUUUGGUCAAGAGCUUCCUGGCCCUCCAUCAACUGGACUCUAAGUACAUGCAGGAUGCUCCUCGUGAUCUUAAGGACUUCUUUAUGUCAAGAUGGAAAAAAGUAAAGAGCUGAUACACAAUGCUCGACUUGCCUCUGAAAAUAUUAAGUUUAAAUUUAUCAGAAAGCCAAUAAAUUAAAUCAUUCUUUUAUAAAUUUGAUACGGGCUGAUUAAAGAUAAGGCGA